AUGGAGCUAGGAACCCCGUCUUCCGGACCAAGCAGAUUCUCAUCUGAAAGCAUUAAUACCGAGCGCACUAUCGUACCGACCUCAGAGCCAAGUCCACAACUAAAUACCACCCCAGCACCAGAAGCCCGCUCCGUCUUAACACGCCUCUAUAUCUCACACACUCUAUCCGCAUGGAACUCACGCAUGUUCGAGUUUGGCGCGGUGCUAUUCCUUGCUUCUAUCUUCCCUGGCACAUUGCUCUAUGCGUCGAUAUAUGCUUUGGUCCGGGCUUUGUCGGCUGUUGCACUUUCGUCUUGGCUGGGUGCGCGGGUUGAUCGGUCUGAUCGACUUGUUGCUUUGAGGUAUUCGAUAGUUUGGCAACGAGUUCCUGUUGCUGCAAUCGUCAUAUCGGAUAGCAUCAAUGUGCCUCGGCAAGAUUUGAACGCCUCAAUGCGACGAAUUGACCUCUUCUGCAAACUCCUAGCCCCAGUCUUCAUCUCCCUAGUCGACAGUCUCUCAACUCGAUACGCCAUCUGGACAGUAUUCGGCCUGAACACAGCCUCCGUGUUAAUCGAGUACGUAGCAAUCGCCCAAGUCUACCAAGCAGUGCCAGCUUUGAAAAGGCAGAUUCCAGCCUCUCCCACCCAAGAGCCUGACGAUAUACAAUAUGGGAACCAAGACUCUAAUCACACCAAGUCACCUGCUGGUAUCCCCCAACUUAUCCAAUCCCAAUCCCCCUGGAAAGAAUAUACAACCAGCCCAGUCUUCCUAGCCUCCUUCGCCUUAAGCCUCCUUUACCUAACCGUCCUCUCAUUCGGCGCCACAAUGGUGACAUAUCUACUGCACACGGGGUUCACCUCGUUGCAGGUUAGUUAUAUGCGCAUUGGCUCUGUGGCUGCUGAGUUGUCUGGUACAUGGACUGCACCAAUGAUCAUGAACCGGAUUGGUCCUAUCCGGUCUGGAUUGUGGUUCCUGAAUUGGCAGUUCGUUUGUGUGGCAGCUGCGGCUGUUGCCUUUGUUGGUUGGGACUCGGAUUCGAGGGUUGUUGCUGGGACUUUGAUUGUUGGUGUUGCUAUGAGUCGGGUUGGGCUUUGGGGAUUUGAUUUAUCGGUUCAGUUUCUUGUGCAGGAGAAUAUCGAGGAACAUGCACGCGCUCGUUUCUCUGCUACGGAGAUGGCGCUGCAGAAUGUUUUCGAAAUGCUUUCUUUCGCUUCCACUAUUGCAUUCCCGCUUCCUGGGCAAUUUCGAUACCCCGUGCUCAUCAGUUCUGGAGCUGUGGCCGUAGCGGCUAUUUGUUUUGCGGCGUAUGUUCGCAAGGAACGGGGUCAUCUAUUGCACCGAUCACGGUGUAUGGGAGGGGACAAGGUUGUAUAUCGAGCACUUGAAUCCGGGACGGUCUAA